GCUGACUGGGGCUAUAGUCACCACACGGAAAGAGAGCAAGUCAUUCCACUGUCGCUCGCUCGAGUCAGCAAAGAAGUGAAGAUGGCCAAAGUCCCUGACCUCUUUGGAGACCUGAAGAACUGUUACAGUGAAAAUGAAGAAUACAGUUCCGAAAUUGACCAUCUGUCUCUGAAUCAGAAGUCCUUCUAUGAUGCAAGCUAUGAACCACUUCAUGAGGACUGCAUGGAUAAAUUUAUAUCUCUGAAUACCUCUGAAACCUCUCAGACAUCCGAGCUUACCUUCAAGGAAAAUGUGGCGAAGGUGGCAGCCAACGGGAAGAUUCUGAAGAAGAGACGGUUGAGUUUAAAUCAGUUCAUCACCGAUGAUGACCUGAAAGACAUUACCAAUGAUACAGAAGAAGAAAUCAUCAAGCCCAGAUCAGCACAUUCCAGCUUCCAGAGCAACACGAAAUACAACUUUAUGGGGGUCAUCAAACAACAAUGCAUUCUGAAUGAUGCCAUCCAUCAAAGUAUAGUUCAAGAUUCGUCGGGUCAAUACCUCAUGGCUGCUGCAUUAAAUAAUCCGGAUGAGGCAGUGAAAUUUGACGUGUGUGCUUAUAUACCAGAAGAGGAUCUUCAAUGUCCUGUGACUCUAAGAAUCUCAAAAACUCUACUGUUUGUGUGUGCUCAAAACGAAGACGAACCCGUAUUGCUAAAGGAGAUACCUGAGAUACCCAAAACCAUCAAAGAUGAGACCAAUCUCCUCUUCUUCUGGGAAGAGCAUGGCACUAUGUGCUACUUCAAAUCAGUUGCCAAUUCAAAGUUGUAUUUGGCCACAAAGCAAGAAAAACUGGUGCACCUGGCAAGGGGCCCGCCCUCUAUCACUGACUUUCAGAUGUCGGAAAACCAGCCUUGACUGUGGAGUCUACUUACCUGUGAAGUGUUGACAAUCUGUGUGUACCAUGCACAUGGAGGAGUCAAAUCCUGCACUCUUAGUCACUUGCUGAGCAUGUGCUAAGCCUUUGUAAUUCUAAAUGAAUAUUUACUCUCUCUGUAAGAGAGGACACAAAGUCUAGUAGAACCAACACUAACAUAUAAUGUUGCUUGUUAUUUAAAGAACACCCUAUGCUUUGCAAACUACCAAUCAUUUUAAUUAUUAUUAUAUUAUAUUAUUGUAUUAUUAUACAAUCUUGAGAGGGCCAGGGCUACUGACCGUGGCUACCAAAAAGGCUCUACCCAUAUUACAGAUGGGUUAACUAAGGCAUAAGAAUAGUAAGAAAUACCCACAAUAGCAUUUGGAAUGAGAAGCCGUGGGCACAGGAUUUCAUUCCAACUGCUUAGCUUCUGCUUUUAAGUUGCUGAUGGACCCUUUAUCAAAUACUGUAAGUUUCUGGGACCUCAGUUUGAUCAUCUUCAAAAUGGAGGGAAUGAUGGCUAUAUCCUUCCUGCCUCAACAGUAUUUUAUGCCAAUACAUGAGCUCGUUUUAGUAAAAUACUUCUUGAAGCUGAGCCUGAAGAAGAAGGCAAAGCAUGCAAUGUUAUUUUAAAUUAUUAUUUAUUAUACUUAUAUAUUUAUAAAUAUUAUUUCUAAGAUAAUUGUAACAUAUUAUUAUAUUUAUGGCAAUUCUUUGCAAUCUCUGAGUAUGCCCGUGUAUCUUCAACAAUAGUAGACAGUGUUUUCCAGGCUGAGUGAGUUUCAGGUACUAAGGCACUUUGAUCCAAG